AUGGCCCGUAGAGGUCGAAAAUGUAAGCGCGCUGCAAAUGGAUUGAGAGAUGAACCAAUUGAGCAACCUCCCUCAUGUCAUGAAACAAGGCAGCAGCCUCCACUUGGAACAAGCCAUGAAAAUGUAAUUGAACAAGUGCAAGGAGAAGCUGCUCGGGCACCUCAAUCUGCAAUUCAGAAUUCUACAUUGGGAAUAAUACAUGAAUCAGGUGACCAAGUCACUCAACAAGCUGAUGGAGGAAAAGAAACUACAAAUGAUUCAAGUGAAGUACAUCAGAAAACCCGAGGCCCUACAUUUAUGAAAGAAAUUUGGGGUCGGCCUAAGGAACUUCCACGGAUUGAGAUUAAACUCGAUGACAAUGGGAUCCCAAUAAGUGAGAAAACCUCUUUCUCUGAAUUCUUGGGCAGUUUGGCUAGGAAUGGUAUGUAUUGUCCAGUAGAUGUUGAAACAUGGCUUAAGAUGCCAAGGAAACUUAAAAUGGACAUGUUAGAAGUGAUAAAGGAAAGGUUUGCUUUGCCUAUGGGACUGGAAGCUUGGACCUUAAGAUCAAUUGGCAAAAAAUGGAGAAGCUGGAAGGCAGAUUUAAAGGCUAACUAUUUUGAUCCUGCCGUGCCAAAUGCUGAAGCUCGGUUUCAAAAGGACAUAAGGGUACGGGAAGAGCAAUGGAUCAAACUUUGGGCUUAUUGGAAAAGUGAAGAAGCAAAGUCCAAACAGUUGGGAAGACCUCCUACUAGAGUAGAAAUAUUCAAUAAGUUUUAUACCCAUGCCGAUGGAACUCCAUCAAGUACCAUAGUUGCUGAGAAUUUGGAAAAACUGACUGAGCUGAAAAAUCAGCUUCCAUCGGAUUCGCAAGAUCCAGUUGGUCGUGAUGAUAUAUUUGCCCAGGUGGUUGGGCAAGACAAACAUGGUCAUGUUCGCUUGUUUAGUGACGGUGUGAAUCCAACGGACUUAUGGGAAGACAUUCCUAGUCGUAACACAUACUACCGUAUAAGUGUUCAACAACAGUCAACAUUGGUCCGUUUGGAGGAAAGGCUUCAGCGACAAGAUGAUGAAAUAGCCAGCUUGAAGAAAAUGGUUUUAGUUCAACAUGGAAGGGGCUCUCCAAUUGACAGCCCAAGACAUCCUUCAUCAUCAUCUAACAAUGUAGGGAAUAUGGUUUCACUAAAAAGUUUGUUUGACCCAACAAAAAUCGUGGCAAAGGGAUAUUUACGGAGUCUGAAUCCAUUGGAUGAGGUCGGGGGACAAGCUCUUGGGCCAAACUGGUGGAAACAGCUGAAGAAUGAUGGGGACUUCAUGGUUAUGACUGAGGACUCUCAACAAAAUGGAAAGUUUGGAAGCUACUUCUACUUCUUUCAACUUGUUAGGGAUGAGAGUCUUUUAGUUUGUGCACAAGAAAGUCUUUCAAGUUAUUGUAAAUGA